AUGGAUACAACAGAUGUAGGAAUGACAUCAACGAUAAAUGAUACAACAACAACCGCAGCAGCAACUGCAGUUAAACGCCGUGAACCUCCUCCAUUGAAUGUCUAUGUGCGUAUUCGUCCGUUUAUUGGUGACGAACUUGAACAUAGUGAAAAUCAAAAGUUACUUGAUAUUAUGGACGAGCAACAUAUAUCUGUGAAAGUAUGUCCAACAACUAACAAUAAUAUUCGGAAUAUACAAGCAUCAUACAAUGAAUAUGAGGUAUCGCGAAUAUUUGAUCAUCGUUGUACGCAACAAGAAUUAUUUGAACAAAUUCUCGAACAACCAACGAAUGAAAUUUUUACUGGUUCAAAUUGGCUUCUCUGUACACUUGGUCUUACAAAUAGUGGUAAAACUCAUACAAUGUUUGGUACACCACAAGAGCCGGGUUUAAUUCCAAAAUGUCUUCAAAGAAUAUUUUUAAAUGUUGGCAAAAAUAUUGAUGAUAAAGUUCUUUUUAAACCAGAUGGUUUGGAAAAUUUAAUGCCAACAAGUAAUGGUAAUCUUGAUAUAGAAAUCAAUGCAAGAAAUUAUAUUUUUAAAGAUGACAAAAAUAAUAAUCGUCGGAUACGUUUACCGAAUAUUGCACAAGAACAAAAUAGCUUCGAAGAUCUAUCAAUUGAGGAUGAAUAUUAUUCUGUAUGGAUAUCAUUUUUUGAAUUAUACAAUGAAAAUAUUCUCGAUUUACUUGUUCAACCAAAAGAUAUGAAAACACGUAAAAAUCUUCGUCUAAUGCAGAAUGAUCAUUCAACAAUUAUUAAAAAUCUUAUACAAAUUCCUGUAUUUGAUAUUAAAGAAGCUGAAGAUAUUAUUAAAUUUGGUUAUGCGAAUCGUGCGACAUCAAAAACAAAUCUCAAUGAAGCAUCAUCAAGAUCACAUGCUGUUUUAUGUAUUACACUUAUUACUAUCAAUGAAUUUCAUGAAGACCCAAUAAUGAGUCAUAUGUAUGUUUGUGAUUUGGCUGGUAAUGAACCAUCAACGGGUACUGGAAAACAGCUUGCUGAAACUUGCAACAUAAAUACGUCAUUAAUGACAUUCAAAGAUUGUAUUAGAACACUAAACGAAAAUCAAACAACUAAAAAACAAAUGCUUGUUCCCUAUCGGAAUAGUAUAUUGACAAGUAUAUUUCGUCCAUUCUUUGUUGGUCGUGGUCGAACAAUAAUAUGUUGUAAUGUGAAUCCAUGUGCAACAUUUGUUACACAAACAAAUGACUUAUUGAAGUUUUGUGCAUUAGCACAGAAAACAAUCAUUGUACCAAACGAACCAAAAUCAGGUGCUGGUGGUUUAAUAAGACAACAACGAAAAUCGAAACAGAAAGGUCCAAAACGUCUGGCUAAAGAUGGACCUCUAAAAGCGAAAAAUAAAAAAGGCAUAAUUGCUAUUGAUGAUGAUAUUGAAGAACUUGGUACUCAAUCAGUUGAUGGUUCAUCAUCAUUUACUGUCCCAUCAAAUAUCAAAUCGAUGAGCUAUUGGAAAUUUUGUACAAAAAAAGCACUGGAUUUAUUACAAAAACAAGCAUCAAAUCGACGCUUUUUAAUGAUUCAAAUACAUCAAGAACGUGUUCAAACUGUAGAAUAUCUUCUUCAUCAACGUGAUGUAAUCGAUGCAUUUACUGAUGAAAAGCAAACAUUAUCUGAAAAAUGCGAAACAUUAAUAACAAACCUUCGUCAAGAAGAAGAUAAUCAUCUUCGUACACAACAGUUAUACAAUGAUUUGAUUAUCAGUGAAAAACAAUAUCGUCAAAAACUGCUUAAAUUAGAAAAAGAAUUUAAAGAAAAGAAUCUUCAUUCACGUAAUGAAACUGAUUCAUUGAAAACACAAUUAAAAAAUCUUCAACAGCAAUUUAAUGAAUUAACCAGUGAACAUUUGAAAACUAUGGAAAAAAUUGAUCAAAAUCAAAAUCAAACAAGCGAACAUGAACAAUCUUUACAAGAGGAAACUCAACGUCUAAGACGUGAUCUUGGUCUUGAACUUUAUCGUAAACAAGAUGCUGAGAAAAAAGCUCGAAGUUUUGAAGAUAAAUUACGUCAUGAACAAACAGAAUUACAAAAAAUUCAGUAUGAUUAUACUAAAACUAGACAUGAUUUUAAAACUUUACAAGUGAAAUAUGAUGCUCUUCAAUUAGAAUUAAUUGAAAUGCAUAAAACUAUCAAAACUAGUUCACAAGCAAUGCUCAAUAAAUGUAAUAAUAAUAAUAUGUCAGCAACAAUAACUAAUACAGAACAAUCAUUUAUUCCAAUACAACAGGCUGUUACUCGAACGAAACGGCGCACCAAUGAUGAAAGUCAAAGCGAACAAGAAAUUAAAAAACCAAAACGUGUUACACGUAGUCGAUCAGGCGCUAGUUCAAAUAAUACUUCAAUAAAUAUUGCUCAACAAGACGAACAAAAUAAUGAAAACCCAACAAAACGAGUGACACGUAAUGGAUCAACACCUUAUUCUUCUAAUACCAUUCCAAUGCCAAUCAAACAAACCAAAACGAAAUCAUCGAAUAUUGGCAUUACUGAUUUUUCAACUGAUGUAAAAACUAAAGCUAGAACAGCUAUUAUACGUGGUCGAGCUAAAAAACAGACAAAUCAAUUAACGUCAAUACCUAUUCAACAACAAUCACCAUCACAUACAUACGCUACUAUUGAACGAGACAUAUCACUUGAUAGAGCAUCUCUUGCUACUGUCGAUGCUAAUUCAACAACUGCACAUGCUGUUUCAUCGAUCGAUACAACACAUGCUACACCUAAACAAUCAACAUUUAAACGGAUUCAAUCACUAUUUCGGCCAAGUCCAACAUUAACAAGUUCAGCACGAAUUAAUCGAGUUUUACAAACUAAAUCAACUGUAAUAGCAUUUGGUUCAUCAACACCAACACAACGUCAACAUCCGACAUUAAUCAAAACAUUAACACCAGCACCGACAAGUUCAACAGCGCCGCAUCCGACAUUAAUUAGAGCAAUAACGCCAGCAACAACAGCUCAUACUCCAUCAAUUGUUAAAAAGAUUCCAUCGCCAAAAGGGAAGUAUAAUCUUCGUACACGUCUUUUUGCUAAUCCGACAUAUGCUGAAAAAGAAGAAGAUGAGAAAAAAUCUCGAAUAAAAAAACCGUCACGAACACGCAAGUAA